AUGAUUCACCGGACCAACAGCGAGGGCGGCGCCUCGUCCAGCGGCUCGUCGCAGAAGAUAUGGCGGUUCCCCUCGGCCAUCCGCAGCAAAUUCGGCAGCAUCAGCGGCGCCAGCAAGGAUGACAAGAGCUAUACUAGCAAACAGGGCGGCUCAUCCGUCGACACCGAAACCCACGAGCCCUCCAUCCACGAAAUCUCUUCGAUCCAUGAAACCGCCGAAUCCAAUUACCGCCAGCUACAAAGUCUUGUUGCGCGCAUGCGGGCCGCUCCCUCCGGCCCUAGCCAUGUCGACGGCGCCUACAAAGAGUUUACCAAGAUCAACGAGCGAUGCGCUGCUCUCUGCGAUGCGAUCCUUCGAGAGGAGAUCAAGACGCCUCGCACUCUCUCCAAUGCCGCCGCUACCGAACCCAUUCCAUUGACUCGCCAGGAUUCAUCCGCAGACACACCUCGCAGCCCGAGCGCCGUGUUUGACCAGAGGAGUUCCUUUAGUGGCCGCAGCUUAGCCGAGGUCAUCACAGCCGGCGGAAGCAGGAGUCAGAGUCAUGGUGGUGACAUGUGGCUCACGCCGAUCCGGGACUGGAAGACGUGCCUCGAGGUGCUGGCCGAACACUUCAAGACCAGCCUUACCGAGACGUACACGAGCUAUGAACGAGACGCCACACCUGAGAUGCUCGAGGCCCUAUUCACGAGCAAGAAAUUCAGGAGAGACGCAGUCCAUCGUAUGCGCAACGCAAGCGUCACCAAGAUCUUGUCCGCCGACCCUCAAUUUUUUCCGCGAUAUGAAAUUCGGUUUAGAAACUAUGAACGGGUCAAGCUGGAGCUGAGAGAUAUCCGAAAGCUUCUUCAAGCAGGAGAGUCGGGCAUCUCACCGAGUAGAGUCAUUGAGGAGUUUGCUAUUGCGCCCCGUGGAGACGCUGUACUCGAAUUCGCCAAUCUAGGGCCUGACGCUACAGGCAACGAGCCGGCCUUGCGAUUCCGCGUUUCCACCGCCUUGCUAGCAGAGACGUCACCCAUCUUUGCGCGGCUGUUCUCUGGUCACGCGAGCAGCUACUAUCUGCACGAGGCUGACGACAUUGGCGAUCAGCUCCCGCCGCCGCCGGUGCCGUAUUUCUGUGACGAUGGGUCCGAAGUCAAGCUGUAUCGGAUGCCACAGCAAGAGUUCAACCACCACGGCUCGCUGGAAAUCCUGCUCCAUGCCGCCCACAUGCACAACGACAAGAUUCCCAGGGAUGUCACCUUUGAGCAAUUCGUUUCCAUUGCCGAGUGCUCUCUCAGGUACAAGAGCACGUCACCGUUGGAAAUGGUAGUGGAGCAUAGAUGGCUGCCACAGUGGAUGCACAAAGGAGCCGAUGACAUGCCUGACGGACUUCUCAUCAUCAGCUAUGCAUUUGGGCUUCGGCAACUCUUCACCCGCAUGUCCAAGAGCGCGAUACUCAACCUUGCGGAUGAAAAGGAUCUGCACAGCAAACCUUGGCCCAAGAAGAUUAGAGACAAGAUCUGGGCGGUUCGUUGCGCCAAGGUCGACCAGCUUUACGCGAGCUGCGCAAACACAAUACAAGAGUACAUCCGCCCACCAGAGCAGGAUUCAUCCACAGAAGAAAAGCAACACAUAUCCCUUUCUGAUCUCGAUAGCCACCUAGCCUCGCCAAUCCAGCCCGCCAUGGCACUUACGAGCACACCGAGAUGUCCCAAAGGCAACCAUUGGUGUGAUGCUUCAAAUCUAGGGUGGUUGAUGCUGGUGUACAACGAGCUGGGCUUGCUGUCUACCAUUGUGCAGCCUUCCAUCAUGUCGCACGUUCCGAAUGCCCGUCCUCCAUCCAAGAGCCUGGCGCAGAUGAUGGAAACACUCCGCUCAACACCGAGCCCCCCUGCGCCUCUCCACCCCGGGAGCGUCUGCGAUCCCGUUCCCGCGUUCCGUGCUGCAAUAGCGGACAUUUACAACAGUGUUACCGGCUUAACUCUAUUUGAUAUUAGCGGCAAGAGCCACGGUUGGGCGCUCUCAAAGCACAAGAUAUCAGAACCGCAAAUGCUGCUGACCGCCGGUCUCAAUCGGAUGGCCGCCCACGAGAAGAUCCACAGUGUUGUCAGUGAAUUUCCAGAAGAGAUUCGCCUACAGAUCCUUAGCGAGAUGGACGAUCUAGAGGAUCUGCAAGCCGCGGCCAGGAUCAACCGAGCUUUUUACGAGACGUACAAGAGAAAUGAGCUUCAAAUCAUGCGCAAUUAUCUCCGUGCGGAUCGGAUGCGCUGGGGAAGCAUGGGGCGGUCCUCGAUAGAAGACGAGAGGGUCGAAAGCAAGGUCUUGAAAUCAGAGUCGGACAUGCUCAAGGAGAGAGGCUUUGGUGAUGGUGCCGACGCCAUUACUUUGAGGAGCGAAGAGGACGAAGGGCUGUACGAAUCAGACGAAGACGACUCCUCCAGUAUCGACCCGUUGACUCGUCAUGGCUCUGUGUCUUCACAAGGCGGGCGGGUCCGAGCCGACCAUGACGACGACGACGAUUUGGAAAUCUUGACCCAUGACCCUCCGCCGCCGUUUCAGCCAAAGGAGGCUAAUCCCCCUCCUCCGCUGCUCCCAGUUGCUGAAGGGAGUAAUGAGGGUUCUGAUGACGAUGAUACCGCCACUCCAACUACGCCUCGGCAGCGCGCCUUUGAUCUCUCGGACGAAUCCACUACGCCUUCAGACCAGAGCAGUCUCAUUUCGACGGAGGAUAUUGACGAACCUCCUAUGACGGAAGAAGAAGCACGCAGAAUCUUGUGGCCCGACCACUUGGUCGUGACUCCACCCCCGCAGCAAGGCACAGUCUUGCCCGGCGUAGAGGUUAUGCGAGAGAAGUUCCGGGUCGGCGACAUUUCCUUUAUCGAAGGCCUCGAAGACAAGACGCUGGCCAGGACAGAGACGAAGCAGCUGCGGAGCGAGCACGACGAGAGGGUGGGCUUGCUCAAGCAAGACGGGCGGCCUAGCUCCAGCUCCUCGACGGCCAAGGCUACAAACGGCGUUGAGCAUAUCGAAAAGAUUGACGGCCGAAAGGGCGGAGAUGGGGAGAUGGAGUCGGCCCUGUCUUAG